AUGAUAGCAAAGAUAGAAGAACACCCCACGGCGGAGUCGUUUAGCGAGAUGAUAGCGACUUCUUCGCUGGUGAGCGGUUUGUUAGAGCUCACCCUCACCAAUAUUUCUGCGGCGAGCGAGAAAACGCCGGAGAAGGAGGUCGUGUACGACUCCGCGAAGAUUGAGCGCACGGCGAGAUCAAUUCGGAAGGCGGCCGACAUCUCGUAUUCAACGCUGAGGGGAUUUCUGAAAGCGCCGACGCCCUAUGAGGAUUUACGCUUCGUUUACCAUAAUUUAUCGCGAUCGCUAUUCAGCUGGAUGGCAGCCACCGCUCACAUGUAUAACACCGCGCUCACUGAGUUUUACCUCCUCAAGGACGAUGGGUAUCAGCAUGCGGUAUCGCUUAUUCGUGCGGUGAAUGUUCUGGGUUGGGUAUCCUCCACCAGCGAAGCUGUUUUUAACUGGAGCCAUGCACCAUGUAGGUUAGCGUACGAAGGGGUUUCCACGAAGUGGCUGAGGUACUGUGAAACAUCCUGCAUCUCUCUACAGCAUGUCACCACCCGUCAGGCAGCCUCCUUCGAGGAGCUGAUCGCGCUUUACCCCCUCUAUGGACCUUUUUGGCUGCAUUACGUCGUUCUUCUUUCCUUAGGAGAGAUGCCGAGUGGGAUUAUCGACACCGCCGUGAAGGUGAUUCACAUGCAGAAAAAAGACAAUCACGUGCGUUAUAGCAGCGUGGACUUCUUCCACGACGAUUGGGUUGAUCUGUUGCAAAUCUUGCUACUCCCUUCGUCACAGCUGGACGACAUGGGGGUCAAGAAAGCCAGGGAAAUUGCUAGAAAGUUGUUGGGGUCCUGUGAGAAUGUGCGAUCAAAGAAUUUUAUCGAGUCGAACCAUUCAAGCCCAGAGGUUUACUGGCCGGGAACCUUUUCGAAAGAGGUUCGCCCCCCGUUGUUAACCCGUGCCCAAUUCCAAAACUUACUCACUAAACUCACUCCCAUCAUGGGUCCAGAGGAAGAAGAUAUGCUAAAUGACCUAAAAAAUUGUCUGUAG